CCCGUCGUCACCGCACUUCGGUCGCUUCGGUUGAGUUGUAGUGUUUCCGUGGCGGUAAUCGUACGACAUGGGUACGCUAACGAAGCAAAUAUUACAAGCCUUCUUCCCUGGAAGAUGCUACGACGAGAUAAUUGUACGGCACAACUUCGGAAAUGUGGACUGUCUCAAGUUAGCGCUGAGCAAAUGUAUAGGCUACGGCAUCAUAGUCGGAUCCACGCUGGUGAAGGUGCCACAGAUCAUGAAGAUCAUGAAGACACAGAGCGGUGAGGGCAUCAGCGUCACCUCGGUGCUCAUGGAGCUGAUGGGCAUGACGGCCACGGCGGCCUACAGCUACGCACAGCGAUACCCGUUCAGCUCGUGGGGCGAGGGCCUGUUCCUGAUGCUGGAGACGGCGCUUAUAGCGGCGCUCGUGAUGCGCUACCGGGGCCAGACGAGCCGCGUGAUGGGCUUCACGGCCUCGUACACCUGCCUGCUGGCCGUGCUGAUGAUGAAGAUGGUGCCCGUGCCCGUGCUCUGGUCGGCGCAGCUGCUCAGCCUGCCCGUCAUCAUCUGCGGAAAGCUGAUGCAGGUGUGGAGCAACUACCGGCAAGGCCAUACGGGCCAGCUGUCCCUGAUCACGACGGCAUUGCUCUUCCUGGGCGGCUUGGCGCGCAUCUUCACCUCACUCACCGAGACUGGCGACCCGCUCAUCGUGGUCACCUUCUGCCUGGCCACCUUAGCCAACUCGCUCAUCUUUGGACAGGUUCUCUAUUACUGGGAAGCCACCAACAAGCUGGUCAAAAAGAAGGCCAAGUAGCCUUCCCAGAGUGAAGCCAGGCGCAUUGCGUGGGAGAAUUCGAGAACCUGGACAGUGAAACGAGGAUAUUGGUGAAGGAAAAGCCACUUCAAGAGAAAAAGGAAGGAUGGUCAUCCUCGUUUCUCUUCAUUGUCUCAUCGCUGCUGUCCGAGUAGGCACAGCUGACAGCUGCUGUUCUUGUCUACCAGGUGGUGUACUUCAUGCGAAUACACUGCAGCAUGGGAUAAAGGCGUGGCGUGGUGUGGUCUUGCCACCAGUGGCAAAGCUGCACUGGCAGCUGUGCGUGGGAAUGGAGUGACCAGGCUCGCAUUGUCCUGCUCGAGGACGACACCUCGUUUCACUGCUCUCUUAGAUGCUAAGGUUCUUUCACUUUAUUAUUGCUUAGUUCUUAUUACACUUUACUUGUCUAGUUAAACUUUUUUGCGAGCCUAUUGCCUACUAGAGGAGCGAGCUAUCUUCUGUGACGUAGUCACAAGCUGCCCUGUAUCUUUGUUAUCAUACCUGUUCAUUUCCUCCUUUCCCUAUUUGUACUAUUUUUUGCUUGCUCCGUGCCAAAGCCACACUAGGUUAAGCACGAGCUGGUCAACAGUAUGCAAAAGUUGUUUUGCUGCGCACUCUCGUGGCGCAGAAUGUGUAAAAUGUAAGAGAGGCACUUACUUGUGAUGGAAGCGAAAUAAAUGUGUGAUAACAGAAUUCACAGUAUAAAAUGCUAACAAGAUGUAACAGUAACACUGAUGUGGUCUCCUUUGUUUAGGGGACAUGAUUUAGAUGCCCAUGUUAACAUUCCAUUUUAUGGUGCUCAUCAAAAUUUCUGCCGACAUCUCUCUGUGCCCUGACACUACUGCAUUUGCUCCACUGCAUCUUGGAUGAAUUUGAGGUGUCAUGCAUUCCUUUGUUUUUGCUUCAUUUUGUGCUAACCUUUGGCAUGCUUCAUUCUGUGCUAACCCCAGUGACAUGCUGCUUGCCUUGCCAUGAUAUUCAUUAUUUUUCAGCCCCUAUCCCGUACGAAGUUUGCAUUCUUUAUUGAAACCUUAUAGUUUCGUAUUCUACUUUUGCUGCCUUCUUCUUGUAUCUGGUUGGCACCCACGGAUUGCUUGAAUGUGUGAAUACAUUGUGGAAUUACUAUUCCUCCUAGACAUAAUAGGACAGCCCAGCUGCUGGUGGAUAUUAUCACAACAUUAGCAUUUAGUGAAACUUUUAAACAGUGGUAAUGGGAGAUCUCAACUGCUUACUUGGCAGGUUGUAUGCCGUUAGCAUAGAGGUUGGAGACUACUGAUUGAUACAAUUUAAAUGGCUACCAUUAUAACCUUAAGUGCUCCCUUUUCAUGCCUUAUCAUUCAUGAAAAUUGACAGGAGCUGUUCAUUACAAGAAUGGUGUAUGCAAAGAACAAUUGAACCGAAAUGACAAUAAAGUAUAUGAAUUAUGCCAGAGCAAAAUAAGACAUCAAUACUAUGGGCAAAAUAAGUGAGCUAAUGCAUGAAUAAUGUGCAUACAAUUGUUGGCAUGUCCGAUAUGGAAGUCAAUAUAUGACCUUCUCAAACUGCAUCUUCGAACAUGUCGCUGAAACCAAGUGGCGUAGCUGGCUGCAGCUGACAAGAGUGAUAUAAUAGACUCUGCAGUGAAGGGUGCAGACUUUCCAUAGCAUUGUAAUGAAGUACAAAUGAAAUAUACGUCCGGAAUGUUCACCCAAAGAGUGUUGCACUUCUCAAGGUUAUUAUUCUGUCCGGGUAACUGCGAUCACUGUUAAGUGCACUUUGAACAACAUACAUCACAAGGUAUUGAUUUUUUGUUUAACACCACAUGUACAUGUAAAUGUUCUGACAGAAAAGCAAAAGACGAAUGAUGUUAAAGGAACCGACUGACCAUAAUGUGUCUUGAGGUCCUGGUGCUAACAGUAAGAAUGUGUGGCAAUGAUGAAAACAAGCAUGCUUUUAUUGAUAGACACGGAAUCUAUAUCAGCAUAUAAUGUUGCACAAAUUGACAUGGGGUGAUUGCACUCUAACAUUGUCAGUGAAUAUAUGUGCACUUCCUCAAAUGUACAUGCCUCAGCUGUUUUCAGAUAGAUCUUUUGUAGAUUAAAAAAAUUAUUUGAUGUUCUUAUGGCUUUUGCGUGCUCAAUUGUGUCACUGUAAAGAGCUGUUUGCUUCUGUUAACAAUGGUACUGUCUCUGUACAUGGGAAUAGAGUGCAAUUGUUAAACAUGUUCUAAUAACAUAGUAACAUAUAUGAAUAAUUUCUGUACUUGUGUGAGGCACUGUCUGAGCAAUGUGAAUAUAUAAGUGCCAAGAAUAUGUGAUGCUGUGAAAGCAUGUGAGCAUUGCUGGUGCAUCGUUUCAUAAAUUCCUGCAGAUUUGCUGCCAAAACCGCUUGUGUUUGUUGGCACUAUGCCUUUGUGGUGUGCCGUUGCCUUCACCAUCAACUGUGAUUGGUGCUGACGUCCAUACACACUUACUAUUUAGAAUAUUGAGACUGUGAAAUCCUAUCUGCAAAACUUCCUGAAACUUUCAUAAUUAACUGUCGUGGUUAUCGAUGCUUUAGAAAGUAAGCUUUCCAAUGCACCACAAAUGUGGACAACCUUGCAAAUCGGUUGUCGGUCACUUUAAAGAUUAAAGGUGCAUGCAAGAACAGUUAUUUGAAGGUAAGAGUAUUUCACAGCGUGUGUAAUGUUUAAUUAUUAAACACAAAAUAGUCUUCGGUCCUGCGGGUAUGUAGCUUUGUAUGGCCAUUUAUUCUCAGUUUAUCUUUGUGCAGUUUGCUUACAUACUUUGCACAACCAUGGCCUCUUUAACAUUGCAUAGAGUAACAAGAGACUGGAGUUAAGAACAGUGUGAUGCAGGCAAAGUAAAGGAAAGAAUGAAGUGAGCCUAGACUGCUUCUUCUUCAGUACUAGGACAUUGCAUCAGCUGCCAGGCACCUCAAGGAAAGUGCACUGUCCAAAAAUAUAGAUGGAGAAUAGUAUACAAAACAAUACAUUGCAGCUGGUCUGAAUGAGGCUAUGGCAUAGUACUGAAUCCUACUAUUGUGUCGUUUUUUUCAUUGUAUUGCUUUUUUUCCCUCCUUUCUUGUGUAUGUUCUCUGACCUGUAUGUUUUCGACUAAUAACAUUUUAAAACUGUUGAACUGUU